GUCCCUGACCUCAGGGACACGUUUCAAGGUCGAGAGACUGUCCCCGUUUUUUAAUCGAUCGUAGUAAAGAACUUCAUGUCCUGGGAUGCUGACAUUUUUAAUUUCGUUGUUGGUUACUAUAUCAUCGGUUGUCAUCGUACUGAAAUGGUUCGUUCAGUAUCAAAAAUCUACUGCACGCCAUCAGUUGGUGGACAAAUACAGUGUUCCUGAUGAUCACAAAAUAGUCGCUUUCUUCCACCCAUACUGUAAUAGUGGUGGCGGAGGAGAACGUGUACUAUGGGUAGCAGUUAAAUGUAUGCUGGAAAAGUAUAAAAACAUUGUAAUUGUAGUAUUCACUAAUGACGCUGAGUGUCUUUCAAAACCCAAUAAUGUUCUGCAUAAUGUUAAAAGGUUGUUUGGGGUAUCUAUAAACUGUGUACCUGGUUCGUCUGCUAUACAUUUCGUACCACUAAAGUCACAGAUGUUAUUGACACCCAAACUAUAUCGGUUAUUUACUUUAGCCGGUCAAGCUCUAGGAUCUAUAUUAGUUGGCUUAGAAGCUGUAUUCAGGUGUCCACCGGAUGUUUAUAUUGAUACUACAGGAUUCGCUUUUACAAUACCGUUAGCCAAGUGGUUAAGUAAUGCACUGACAGCAGCUUAUGUCCACUAUCCAACUAUAUCUUCGGAUAUGUUACGCCGUAUUUCACCCUCGCCACUUUCAAACAAUAAAAGUCAAGUGGUUUUAACGUAUAAUAAUGCUGCGUGGAUUCGAAAUAGUAAGAUCUUUUCAAGCAUAAAGGUUCUAUAUUACAAGCUAUUUUCUAAUGCUUAUGGAUUUUCUGGUUCAAGUAGAAAUAUUGAUGUUGUGAUGACAAAUUCAUCAUGGACUCAAAAACACAUCCAAUCUCUUUGGGGAGGAAGACCUGUUGUACUUUAUCCUCCAUGUCCUACUGAAGAUUUGGGAAAUAAAUUAUCAUGUCAACAACGAAACAAGUGGAUCGUAUCUGUUGGUCAAUUUAGACCAGAAAAAAAUCAUCAACUUCAGCUAGAUGCUUUUCAUCGUUUCCUCAGUCGACAAGUGACAACUGAAGACAAUGAUGGACAGUUAUUCAAACUCUGUUUAAUAGGUGGUUGCCGGGAUGCUGAGGAUCAUGCUCUAGUAUUAAAAUUGAAGCAACACGCUGCUGUAUUGGGUCUUGGUGAUGCUGUAGAAUUCCAUAUUAAUUUGCCUUAUAAAGAAUUAAAAAGUUAUUUUGAAUGUUGUUCUGUUAAUCUACAUACUAUGGUGGAUGAACAUUUUGGAAUAGGUGUUGUGGAAGGCAUGGCAUCGGGUCUUAUCACAGUCGCUCAUAGAUCAGGUGGUCCACUGACUGACAUUAUCGGACCUUCGGAAAGCAGUAUAUCAUCUAUUCAGUCAGAAAAGUCCGGUGUUGGCUUCCUUGCAUCUACAGCUGAAGAGUAUGCAGACAUCUUUGAAUUAAUACUGUUAAAAAUGUCUGAAGCACAAAUUCAUGCUAUACGUCAAAACGCCAUUAAAUGGGUACGUGAAAAAUUCUCUGAGGGGUGUUUUAUCAAUGGUUGGAUUGAACAGAUGAAUUUAUUUGGUUUGGAGUCGAUUUCUUUGUGAAAUCAGCUAGUUGUGAUAAUGUUAGAAAAAAGUACUUCUCUUUCAAUGUCUUUUGUAAUAAAUGAUGUAUUCUCGAAUUCUUUUUGGUUUCUCAAUGUGAGAAUUUCUUUAUCUUUCAUUUUUCUUUCUUGAAGUGUAAAACAAACAAAUCAGGCUUCUUCAUGUGCUGUAUUUUUUCGUAAAAUUCAAUAAAAUACCUUUUCACAUGA